UCCUGUGGCGUUUUGGGAGGGAUCUCAAUUCGUCAGUCACCAACGUGACUUUUGUCAUGUUUUUUAUUUUUGUAACUCAGAAAUAAUGAAUACUUUUGCAAAAUCACUUACCGUAGUUGUUCCAGUUAUAUCAAUAGCCCUUAACAACUGGCUUAACAAGCUACUUGACAAAAAAUAAUCGCCUAUAUACUAUCAGAGUAGGUGCUACAUGACAAAGCACUUACUUUGUUACCAUUAAAAUAUUUUAAAUAAUUUUAAAGUAUGCAUUUGUGUAGUAUAAACGCAAAUCCAGAUGUACAUCUUCUAGGUUGACAUUGCCAUUUGACUUAAACCGUUAUUCAUGCUGCUUCCCUGCCAUUUAUGAACCCUUUCUUGUGCUUCAUGUGAGAGCAAUGUGUAGUAAAAAUGCGUUUUGCAUAUACUGUGUAUUCAAAGGGAUGUUUGAAAACAGACACGAUUAUAAGUAUAAACAUUUAUGAUGAGAUUUACAUUUCAGAUGUUUUUCAGAUGCUCUGUGUGACACUUUUCUAAAUCAGUUGAUCUCCCAGCUCUAUGUUCUUCUCCCUUGAUGCUGCUGGUCUUGGAAAGAGUCAACAUGUCAAAUGUAUAAAAGGCAACGUGAGUUGAAGAUCGUCUUUAUUGUGGAACCUCCAGGAGUGGAGAUUGUGUUUCAGAGCAGAUACAAACAGCGUCUUCAGAGGUCUUUAUAUUGGACUUUAUAUGAUGGGAGUCACAUGGAACGAUACUCUGUUUAGAUAAUUUUUCCAAAUACUUCACAAUGAAUCUAACAGCAGUGAACCAAAGUGAUGUUUGUCAGGAAUAUUUGUGUCCAGAGAAAUCUGUUUCUUUAUCUGUGUAUGUGAUUCUGUAUGUGGCCGCAGCAGCUGUGUCUCUGCUGACCGUGUGUGGAAACCUGCUGGUCAUCAUCUCUGUGAGUCACUUCAAGCAGCUCCACACACCUGCUAACAUCCUCAUCCUCUCUUUGGCUGUUGCCGAUCUCCUGGUUGGAGUUUUUGUGAUGCCACUGCAUUUGUCUUGGGUCAUUGAGUCAUGUUGGACUUCUGGACCAGUGAUGUGCUCUGCUUUAAAAAUUGUGAAUUUUCAAGCGACAAGUGUGUCUGUUCACACUGUGGCUCUGAUAGCAGUUGACCGGUUUUUGGCUCUAAGUUCUCCUUUUCUUUACUCAGAGAAAAUCUCACCCACUGUGAUCUGCAUAGCAACUUUAUUUAACUGGUUGUUUUCACUCAUUUAUAACUUAAUUCUUCUCUUUGUUAAUGGAAACUUCACUGAUGUCACAUGUCCAGGAGAAUGUAUUGCUAUUAUAGAUGGGGUUUCAUCAUUUGUUGAUCUCAUAAUUGUGUUUCUUAUGCCAUGUACACUCAUUAUAAUAUUAUACACUCAUGUUUUUGUCAUUGCUAAGAGACAUGCGACGGCUAUAAGAGCCCUUCAGGUUCACAACAGCACAGGAUCCUCCAAAAACAGAGUCAGUGACAAAUCAGAGCGAAAAGCUGCUAUACUGCUGGGGAUUCUGGUCAUUGUGUUUCUCUUGUGUUUACUGCCGUAUUAUAUUUGUUCUUUAGUGAUUCCAUACAGUGGUGAUGAUUUGUUUCAUGUCAGAGAUGUUACUGUAAUGGCUUUCUUCCUGAACUCCACUAUUAAUCCCAUAAUUUAUGCUUUAUUCUAUCCCUGGUUUCAGAAAAGUUUAAAAUUAAUUUUCACAUUUCAAGUGUUUAAUAAAGACUCAUCCCUGAUGAAUGUGCUGUAAAUCACUAAAUAUAAGAAAGAAUGUUUCUUAUUUUAUACCUGAUUUGCCUAUAGGCAAAUGCUUUUGUCAUAUAUUAAACUUGACUGUGAAGACAUGGAUAUUGUUGUCAAUCAUGCCUGUAUAACAAUGAUAGUGGGGGGAAUUUUAUUUUCCUUUUUGUAAUUAGCACAUCUCAUGUAUUUCAUGUUUUGUUUGUAAUAAACAGAAAUGUUGAAGAACAAAACAAUUAUGAAACAAAACUAUUAAUGAAAAGGUAUAUAUAUAAGCAAGGCAUUGUUUGAA